AGGCCGAAACUUGCCAAAAGGGUCAACCCACAAACAGGAGCGAUGCUUUGAGGAAACUCCCUUAACCUGUCCUGCUUGCUGUACAAAGCUUUCCAGCGUUUCGCCUGGUGUUUUAUCUUAUUUGAAUCCUGGCGAUUCGGCGCGCAGCGCAGACUGAGGUGAACAGUACGCCUUAUCUAAUUUUUGAAUAAAAGUAUUUACGAGACGUACGCGAACGCAGCAGGGCUAUUUGUUAUUUUGUAUUCCAAAAUGACGGACCCGACAACGUCGCCAGAAGACCACUGGAAAACAGAUGGUGCUUUCAGCGACAGUGGCUUUGACCCUAGUUUCUUUGCUGAAACUGCCGGAAAGGGUACAAUUGGGUCCAGGGCCAACAGCAUCGGCUCAACAAGUGCCUCUUCAGUACCAAAUACAGAUGAUGAAGACAGUGACUACAGACAUGAGACGUCAUAUAAGGACUCGUAUAAAGAUCGACGGAGACAAGCGCACACACAAGCUGAGCAGAAGCGUAGGGAUGCUAUUAAGAAAGGCUACGAUGACCUGCAGUCCAUAGUACCAACCUGCCAGCCGCAGUCUGAAUUUGCAGUGGGAGCACAGAAGAUCAGCAAAGCUACUGUACUGCAGAAAACAAUUGACUACAUCCAUUUUCUUCAUAAAGAAAAGAAGAAGCAAGAGGAAGAGGUUUCUGUACUAAGGAAAGAAGUGAUGGCUCUGAAGAUCAUGAAAACGAACUAUGAGCACAUAGUGAAGGCCCACCAGAACAACCCACAGCAGGGAGAGGAUCAGGUGUCUGACCAAGUCAAGUUCAACAUCUUUCAGAGCAUCAUGGACUCCCUGUUCCAGUCUUUCAGCAAUUCAGUUUCAGUUAGCAGCUUCCAAGAACUCUCCGCCUGUGUUUUCAGCUGGAUCGAGGAGCACUGCAAGCCACAGACGCUGAGGGAGUUUGUUGUUGGGGUGCUCCGGCAGCUUAAUGGUCAGCUAUAUUGAUCGAGUGAAAGCUCUGGAUUGAACUCUGAGAAAUUGACUUUGGGCUUGCUCUGGCCUCUCAGGGUGGAGUAAAAACUCCAAUCAGCCUCAGGCCACACCACAGUAUUUACACUUACUUCAGCUCAUCGGUGACUCCCUGGCUGCAAUUGGAUUACAUCAACCCACAAAUUGGAUUGAGUAGUUACAUGUUUAAGAAGGACUUUCUGAUUUUAAAUGCACAUCCAUACACAUAGCUGAGUAUGUUUCAGCAUCUGCUGAAAUGAUGUGUCUUACUAUUGUUCUGUUAAGAAAUUAAGGUGAAACGUAAAAGUAACAGCUUUCAAAUGAAUGUGUAUGUGUAAUACAUCCGGGGUUUUCAAAGUCUGAGACUGCAUGCCUCCCCUCAGACAACUAUAAAAUCCCCCCCUUCUCUUUAACACAACCACACACAUUUUAGGAUAUUAAAUGUGAUCUCUUUGGUAACUAAUGUAAUAUUUUUUUCACUGAGCCUCCCUUGAAACAGUUAGGAGCCUCCCUGGGGAGGCACGCCACCCACUUUGAAAACCUUUGAGGUCGAUGUAUUAGAGUAGUUGUGGUCACAGUCUGCAGUAACUGUUGCCCUUGUUGGGAUAAAUCAAAACUACUCCCUAUGUAUCAAGUUUAAUAAUCAUAUUGCUUCAGCAACCAUCAACCUAACUGAUCGAGAUAGAGAUGAGUGUGAUGAAAAAUGUAAAACAACUCAUGAGCCACACCUUCUCCUCUGUUAUGUCAAGCAUAACUCUGCAGCCUAAUGCUGAUCCAAAUGGCUCCUGUCCGCUUCAGCGCACAACCAUUGAGUCAGCCAUACCACUCCUGAACUCCAGCAGACAACGGAAAAUACUCUACUACUGCAGAGUAACUGUCCUUUCACUUCACUGUGCAACCAUGCUCUAUGGUGCUUCAGGAUUUUAUCACUGAGGUUUGAUUACAACAGACUUUCCUGCCUUUUAGUGUGGUGGGAGGGUUUCAUUUACGCAGCUCUGACAAUUCACUGAAAUCUCACGGGUGACAGGUAUGCAAUGUAUGCAGCAUAAAGAUUUACCAAUCAUUGUGUGUGUGUGUGUGUGUGUAUAUAUAUAUAUAUAUAGUCUGACUAUAUUUGAGCUACCCUACAUGUUGUUAAAUACAUGUGCUAUUAUUUAGUUGCAGAUGUUGUGUUUAUUUGGUAGAUGUUAAAUACAAAAUGAACCUUUCAGUUUACUUGACAAUUUAAAUUACUUAAAUCUUUGUGGUUUGACCUUGACGAAUGUUACUUACUUUGUUCGUCAGUGACUUAUAUGAUCCUUCCAAACAGAUCAUUCCAAAUGGUGCACUAGUCAGCAGCACUUGUAGAAAAUGGUUUGACUAUUCAGGACUGAUCCUUCUUGAAAAGCAUCACUGUAACCUCCACCAGUUGCACGGUCCUGGUGAGAACCGUGCACAGGGCAACGCACAAGGACUUACAGCCACUGUACUGAAGUCAAGUUUUUUAUGCUUUGAUCUUUAAACAUAUGAUAUAAAGCUGAUUUUCAUGAUGAUUUUGAAAGUUUUGUUUCCAAUAUGUGAGUAAGUCAUCUGCCAUACACAUGGCUAAGCUGUUAGCUAAGAAAAGAGUGGCUUUACUGUUGCUGUAAUCACAGGGAAGUAAGAGUUUUUGACCCAGUCUUGUUGCUUCAUGUAUUUUCUUUUGACUGUUUUAUAAAAGCCAUCUAUUGUGUAUCACUAUCUAAAAAGUGACAUAAACAUAUGUAAUGAAAUAUACUGAAUGUUUGUCCUGUUUAAUUUCCCCCAUGUAAAAUGGAAAUAAAGUGUGUAAGAUGAUAA